AAAUGCUCGUGGCGAUCUUCAUACCCCUACCACUUGCUGCUCCCUUGCUAUCACUCACCUGCAAUGCGAGUUCGUUCUCUCACUUAACCACCUCACGUUUUUGUUCUGUUCUUUUGUAGUUUCUUUCAAGCAUAGCCAUGGUGUUUUCCAAGUUUGAGUCCCUUUCUGUUCGCCCACCAACUCCCCCGAAAGAUAUCAACGAAGCUAUCAACCUCGACCAAGACAUUCAAGAGACUCUGGAAUUCUUGAACGACCCUUUCGCAUCCUCAAAGCCUUCCACCAAGGACUUACUCUCGAAACCAAUCCUGAGCACUCCAGAGCAAUCCCCCUCCUCAGACAUCGACGACCCAUCCUCCACCGGUAGCCGGACGAAGAAAGUCAACUUCGAGAUCCCGUCAUGUAACGCGCCUUCCUCCAGCUUGAAAGCUCACCCGUGGACUCCACUUCGUAGCUCACCUUUACGACCCCUCCCUCAGACGCGCGUAACGAGGCCGCUGAAAUCCAUCCUCAAGCCGAGCGACCAGAUCUCCACACCCCCUCCUAUCCACGACAGCACCGCCGCUCACAAGCACCAAUCUCUCGCCGAGAUGUUGGAAUCGAUAGUGAAAUCGCUCGCGCAAGGAUCGAGAGCUUCCAAGCUCGAUGCGUACAUCACAUUGUUGAAGACCAUGGCGGCAUAUGAUAAGAUCCCAGACAUACAGGCAAUGAUCGACAAGAUGCCCCUUCUUUGCGACUACAUAGAAAGAGAUAUGCAAGCCGUUGGUAUAAGUGGUUCGGGCUCGGAUUCACAGCUCAUCGGACAAGCAAUCAAACUGCUUAUGGCACUGGUCAGGAUACCGGAAUUGAGGACGGCAAUGACCGAUGAUUUCGGCUCACGGGUCGUUGACCGUAUCAUAAAGGUGGCCGAGGAUGCCAACAUGCCAAAGGCCAUAAUAAACGUGCACCUCGCCCUUCUCAUGCAGCAGAAUUUCCGGCCUAAGACGAUGACCAUCACCCGGACAGAGAGGAUCCUCGAUAUUCUGGACUCAAUACACGAUCGAGUGACUGGGUACUCGGUACAGGCCUACCGUAUACGGAUAUACCGUAAAAUCAUCCAGCAAAGGCCGGAAGUAAUGAUCAAACACACGGAAAGGUGGUUGAAGCAUGUGAUAAAAGCCAUGCUCGCCAACCAGAAGGACAUCCAUCAAAGCGCCUUGGACAUGGCCAUCACCGCUGUACGGACCAUUGGACAUGAGCGCACAGUGACCAAGUCUGUUCUCGCCAUCAUGAAUCGCAUCAAAAGUGAUGGAAACACUUUUGGAGCACUCCUUGCCCAGCAAUUGGAGACCAUGCUGAACACCGAGUCCGCGGCGCUAGUCCCUCAAAUAUGGGGUGUUUUGACAGCAUUUCUGCGGGAUUCGCUUCAAGAAAACAGUUUCGCGGCAAUCGGCAAGUGGUUGAAGGUGCUCGAGAAAUUCUUUUGCUCCGAAAAUGAGUCCGUGAAAGCGCAUUCCAACGUAGCAGCCAACUUUCUGGUUUAUGCGGUUAACAUCACACAUACCACGACUGUUAUCUGGUCAAAGAUGUUCUUCAACAUUUCACAGCAUCGACUGAAACAACCCGGACAAAGCCGAAAAUCGGAAACCGAUACUGCUACGUCUGGCUAUCUUACUUUGCUCUAUUAUGCCCUUCGCCCUACUGCGUCCCAUGCCCAACUGGAUCGAUACUGGACAGAAUACGUCGCGGACUUCUGGAGGCCGCUUAUACAAUCAUCACCGAAGCAUGCCAUCGCUGCCUGUCGACUCGUUUCUGCACUGUUCAACGGGUCCCGGAAACCUUGGAAUGAACAGCGAGCAUUGGAGCUGAAGCCACAACUAUUGAUUCAACGUGAAGAGCUCCCGUUGUUAGAUCCAAAGUGGGUGCGAAAGUCUUUGUCUACGAUCCUCGAGUUCAUUCAAAUCCUGCUAGACGCAACCCCCUGGCAAGCGGACGUUGGAGGGGAUGAGCCUGUGAAGACGAUGUGGAUCAGUCUCCUGAAUUCCCUGGUCGAGGCAGGUAGCAAAGAGAUCAUGGCAACGGCCGAGACAAGGGAUGCUGUGGCUCACAUUGUUAACAUGCUGCGUCGGAUGUGGGAUAAGCAUACCGCUGAACUUGCCCUUCCGCAACAAAAGGAGAACAGCUGGGCAGGCAAGUUCUGUUUUCUGCUCGAAACUGUUGUUGAAAAGCUUGGAGCUAUGCAGUUCUCGGAUAAAUGUCUAACAAGAAAUGGUCAUGACGAGUUCGAGGUAGCAUCUACGCCAUCCCAUCGGUCUCGACAGAACGGACAGCGUAUCUCGCCACUUCUAUAUUUCGUCGACCUCUUAGUGAGCAGAUCUGAGGGCCGACUGUCUGAUGCCGUACGCCUUCGCAUUAUCCAAAUCGCACUCGAUCCUUGCUAUCAUGCACAGAAUACUCGAUUCGGCAAGCUGGAGCUUCUGCGAGACUGCUCCGCAUCAGCUGGUACCACCUCGAAAAAUGCCGUCACAUCUACUUUCUGGGGGCAGAUCGCGUCUAUGACAAGAGCCUGUAUUCAAGAACACCCAUCUGAUUCCAAUGAGCGCCAGUCGAGACAACUAGGGAAAGAGUAUGAGAUGGUAGUGGAAAUUCUGGCGCUAGGUCAUGCACACCUUUUUGAUGCUCAAUUGGGCCGAGAGCUUCUCAGCACGUUUGUGGAGACUGUCCGCCGAGAGGCUGGCGACGGUGCCGUCGUUCUAGCAGUCGUGGAAAAGGUCUCCGAAAACGUGCUAUUGAAGAUCAGUCCGGAAGAUCGUCGCUCUUGUCUACCCUAUGCCUCAAUACUCUUGAACAACCUACCGAAGAAUACCAUUCGCCGUGUACUUGACCAAGGACGACAGAAUUUGUAUCCGUCUUCGCCUGCUCCCACACGAUCCCAGGAAUUCGACCCCUACAACCAUUUCUACACCGCCAUCAAUUCAAUCAUUUCAGCCGCCUACCAGAAUCUGGAUCUCAAAGACACGGAGACCACAAAGGAGUUCAUCACGGCUCUGAUGACAUCGAUUCAGCAAAGUCCCAGUUUCUUGAUCGCGGUCUACCUGCGCAAGAUUCAGCAAACCCUCAAGCUUUGGAUUGAAGAUCCCGAACGUAAACUACAGAGCAAAAAGCAAUCGGCGAAGGUGCUACAUAACGAGAUCCUCAAGCUCUGGCAGACUGUCUGCGACACCAUCAAGAAGCUUCCUCGCAAGGACAGUAGUAUCCUAGUAACACUUGAACCCUUGAUCAGCGCUGGAUUCCUGAGUCGACGGCGCAGCAUUGUCAACAUCUCCAUUGAGACCUGGAACGAUACGUUUGGAAAGGAGGAAAACCUUCGUUAUCCAUCUCGGCUUGAGGGGGCAUUGAGACGGUUGCAUCGUACAGUGGACUUGGUUUUGCCUUCUCUAGAUGUCGACAAGACAGAUGAAGGCAGCCAAGCCUCAUUCUACGAGUCGGAGGACGAGGAAGCUACGACUCCACAUUUACCAUCGAAAGCUCACAUCAAAGACUCGGCCCACCGCGUGCGCAAGUCCGGUAGAAAGUCUCGAUCUAAAUCGAAAUCGCGCUCCCCUGCGGUCCCUCCUAGCGAUGAACAUAAAUCCCGACGGACGCCAAAGGUUCGCCUGCGCCAUGAGAAUUCCCAAAUCACGUUUGAGCCGAUUGUGUCGUCACCUUCCAAUCCUUUCCAGCAGGAGUCUCAAUUGUUGACCGACCGACAGAAAGAGAUGAUUGCUCGACAACGAGCCACUGGCAAUCUCUUCUCGGACAUUGGUGUUGUACCAAGCUCCCAAUCGGAAGUGCAAACGUCAAGCCAGCCUUCUGAAGGUUUGUUCUCGGAUGCUUUAACCUCUGAAGAUCUGCCAGAAGACGGAUUCCGCACACCUGUAGCUGCUCUGGCUGCCAUGGGCCCUAUGGAUGCGUACCUAGGCUCUUCACCGACUCCCCAUGCCCGCAAUCGACAUUCUCAGGUUCGCAGUGACACAACCAGUGUGGCCACUCCAACAGCAUCAAGGACUAUGCACGUUGCAGACAGCUUAGCUGAGCUUGGUUCAUCUCCACCUCAAUUUGAACGAGAUAAUGGCGUCAAUAGCUAUGCAUCGAACAAUGACGAUGUGGCAACCGAACUCGCAACGGACAGUUUUGAACAAGCUCAGAAGAAAAAGCCGUCAUCGUCUUUUGAAGAAGGGACUACCAUCGAAGACGAUGUUGAUCUGCCGGCUAAUGCUAUGGAAGCACAGGCAGAGCUCGUUGAUGACGCACCGCCUGAAUCGACAUUUGAGGAUGACAACAUUGAGAUAGCAAGCUCGACAAGCUCAACUAUGGAAUUGCAACUAAAUGCCCAGUUGAAUGAAGAGAUCAAAGCUCACACAAGUUUCAGCACUAGAGGAUCUGCCCCUGAAGACACCCAAGAAGACCCAAGCCUCUAUGCAGACGCACGUUCUCAAAAACAAAUCCCAGGGAAAGGCAAACGGACGCGCAAGAACAAAGGAACAAACGCUUCCUCCCAAGACCAAUCAAGCAUGAGCGUCAUAGAAAAUUUAUCUACAGAAACACGCGACAAGAGGUCUACACCAAAGCACAACUCUCAGGUUCAAACGAUCCGCCGCUCUUCGCGACAUUCCAACACUCCUAGUCCUUCCAAGACUCCCAAUAGCAAGAAGCGCAAGCAAUCUCCCAUGGAAACCACACCGGCAAGAAAUAAGAGCCGACGGACCAGAAAGCAAGAAUCUGCUAUGAAGGCCAAGGUUGAAACGGAAGUGAUGGACGAUAUUGAGGAAUUCGAAGAUGAUUGUAUUACUGUUGCAUCUCCCGACCCCGCAGAACUGGCUCCCCGGAGAACUUCCCAGCGCACGUCAAAGAGCCCUGCUACCAAGAGCCCUGCUACCAAGAGCCCUGCUGUCAAGAGCCCUGCUGUCAAGAGCCCUGCUGUCAAGAGCCCUGCUGUCAAGAGCCCUGCUAUCAAGAGCCAAAUCACGAUACCAGAAACCAGCCGCAAACGAUCGCUCCGUCGUUCCGCAUCAACGCUCAGCCAGGUGGAAUCCGUCAACGACGACGAGAUUCUCGACGAUACGCCCGUAGCUAAACGGACACGCACAAGCAAAGACCAGGAUGCCAGUGGCGCUAGGUCGACGUCGCGCCUAAGUCACGUCCAAGUCACACCCAGGAUAUCUCAAUCCUCACCUUCAUCUGUACCCGAGACCGAAAUUUCCAAGGACAACAGCUCCAUUCCAUCACAGCAACGGGACCAAACACCGCCAGCGAAGACCGAACAUCUCGACGUGGCCGCAUCGCAACCAUCCCAGGCAGAGUCAGCCACCCCCAGCCAGUCCUUCACUUCGCGCGUCAUCAGCACGCCCCGAAGCAUCAUGGCCCGCGUCAGGAAGAUGAUCGUGGACUGCAAAGACCUCGUCCUAGGCAGAGAGGAAGAACGCGAGAUGGACGACCUGCUCUUCGACCUUCGCACGCAUGUUCAUGCCGCAGGGGCACGGGGCAGAGUCGACUAAAGGAAGGAAGGAAAUGGGGCUUGCCACUGCCGAAAACACAUUCGUUAGUACCCAGGAACACAUUCCUCUUACGAGCGAAGCAAUGUCUACCGUACUUAGACGCUGAACAAUAAGUGCUGUAGCGUGGCGUGGCGUGUGCUGGACUUAAGGUUUAGGACGUAUUAUACUGUCUGUAUGUAUACGUGCGUCUGUUUAUCAUUUAUGUAUGUAGAUUAGUAGAUAGAUGAAAUACCC